GUCUGUUCAGUUGUGAUUGAAAUAGCUUGAAAUAUAUUACUCUGAGUAGAUCGGAAUAGAAUGGAACCUUAGUGGACGUGAAAGUUUUCUGAGAAGUGCAGUCAUCAGAAUGAGUAGAGCGUUAAGCAAAUAUCGUGGAACUCUUGUUGGAGCAUUGGUCGGAGAUUGCCUUGGUUCUAAGUACGAAGGCGUGUCGGGUAUCAUUCCUUGGCGAGAGGUCACUGACUACACUAUGACAAGAAUCAAAGACAACGAAGAGCGCAUUCCUUAUACGGACGAUUCAGCGAUGACUCGAGCUAUUUGCAAGUCUCUUACAGAACAACAGAAAUACGAUAACCGCAAUAUGGCCAAGGCAUUUGUGGAGGAGUUCUUUAGAGAUCCCGACCGUGGAUACGGGAGCGCUGUGGGGAGAGUGUUCAAGCGUUUACGGGACGAGGAUCCCGAGGAUGUAACCUCUCCUGCCCGCAGCCAGUUUGAUGGACAGGGCUCGUAUGGUAAUGGUGCAGCUAUGAGGAUUUCACCUCUUGCACUUUUUAGUCGAACUUCUAAGGAAGUUCAAGAGGUAAGAUGUAAGAUGUCUGGCUGAUUAUAAACAAUUAUUUACACGUUACAAUAACAAGAGCGUCCUGGUUGGGGAUCCGGGGGGGGCACUCCCCUAUGAAAGUGAUGAGGGCUUGUUGGAAAAUUUUGAGAACACCCGUAAAAGGUGGCAGAAUCUUGUGUUAUGGGCAUGUCCCUAAUUAAUUUCCACCCCUGAGAGGUACCAAUUCAACAAUAACAAAUCAUAUAACUGGCACUGCGACUUUAAAUAGUAAUAAAGAUGAUGCUCAAAAAGUUUCUUCUCAAGGAUUUUUUGAAAGUAUUGUCAUAAAUCUCACCGAUACAACUCUGGCAGCAAUGAUUUUAGGUUUCAGCACCUUAAGCGGCACCAACCCACAAAUUUAAACCUCUGAAAGGUACGAUGAGCACCCACGUCACUUUUAUAGGGGAGUACCCCCUCCCCCCUGCGUUGGGGAUUAUCUAAAGUUGUCAGGCCACACCUUGGAUGUGUCCUCCUCUUCGAUCCUCGCAAGGGAGAUGGACAAGUUCAAGAGAAGAGUUAGGGAAGCCAUCAAAAUAUUUUGUCAGGAUCCAACUUUGAACAGAGUCUACUCUGGUUCAAGCUCUCCCUGAUCUAUUGAGACCUUUUGUUAUGUGAUUCACAGUGUAAAUCACGUGACAAAACACCCAAAUCCAUCACUUGAAAAAGGUUCUGCAAUGGAAUUGAAUAGCUGUGUGUAAAAAGUUUUUUUCCUAUCUUGUAAAUUGAAUUGUUGCCUAUUAUAAAAUGUUGUUUAUUAUUUAUGAGGUUUUUGUGAAGUCAGAAAUAACCAAGGUUGUGGCAAGUGUUAUCAGCCUCAGCUGAAAACACUUACCAAGACCUUGAUUAUUCUGGAUAUUACAAAAAACAAAUCUAAACAGGGCUGUGCUCUAGCAGAGCCCUCUAGCCUCUGGCACCUAACUUUUGCUCUCGGGCGACUAGAACAUCUUAACUUUUUCACACAAAUCAUAAUCUGGGCACCCUAGAUUUUACAGGUUCAGAGCACUGGGCUUCCUUCAAUUUUCCUUAGAGCAAAUCUUUGCUUAAACUUGUUUUGUUAUACCUUGUUUUGAAGAAAGUAGCAACAAACACACUGUUGCAUGGAACACAGUUUGACAUUACUCUUGAAAGUCAUAUUUUGCCAGUGUAGAUAUAAUCUGUAGGUUGUAUUGAUUUCCAAAAUUAUAAUGUGGGCUCUGAGCCAAUGAGAAGACAGAUUAUGAGUAGAUGGCAAUAAUUUGCAUUGAAGGACAGAAUGUAAUGGCAGAUUUUUAAGGGUCUGGUAAGGGAAAAUUAAAGGACCACAAUCUUUGAACGAACUUUGGUGAUUGUCUGGGAGAUUUCAUUCUCUUUUUAAAUAUGGAGACUGGGAGAUAACGGUCCAAAAUCUGGAGUCUCCCAGGUCCGAGAGAGUUGAAAUCACUGAAUGUUGAGGGUUCAUGGAGCCAAGCAGCAAUCAGGCAUGGCCAAGGGAGGUAUCCAUAGCAACUCAGGCAGUGUGGCCGAGUGGUCAGCGUGUCGCACUCGCACUCCGGCGGUCCUGGGUUUAAGUCCCACUCUGGCCACUUGCUGGAUUUGUUCUCAGUCUUCCCGAGUUCAAAUCCUUGGCCAGGCUUGUAAAUAGUCAACUGGCUGCCUCCUGCCAGUUGGGGUUUUAAAUCCUGUUAUGUUGUAUUUGAAUUAUUUUUUUUCUAAGUAUUCACUGAUUGUAAAGUGCUUUGGAUCACUAAGAGAAAGGUGCUCUAUUUAACAAUUAUUCGCCGAAGGCCAAGUUAAUAUUGUUGAAUAAUCCCCAAGACAAAGUUGAGGGGAUUAUUCAACAAUAUUAACUGAGCCUGAGGUGAUUGUUUUAGUAUAUUCACACAAAGUGAUCUCAACAGAAUCAGAAAGGAAACCAUUAAAAAAAGGAUUAGUUUGAUU